UUUUAAAACUUUCCUACAGACACAAAGGAGUAGGAGACAUAGGAGCUAAUCUAUCUACAGAAAGAUUGGAACUUGGAAGAACUUUUUUUAAUGGGACAUCUUUGAUGAUCGAGAUUUAGAAGAAGAGAUGGAUUUUCAAGAAGUCUACAGGACUACUGGUUGCUAGUUGGCGUCAGUUACACAAGGAUAAUGAGAAUCUGCGUCAACAUUGUGGUUGACAGGUUGGUAAAGCCUGGUGGAUGUAAAGAAGUCCUGAACCAUUAUCAUCGCUUCUGAAAGGAAGGUUUCUGAACCAUUACAAUGGAUGUUCCAUACCUCAUAAUGUCCGUUGAACGUUUAAGAGAUAUUGGAGAGUGCUAUGUUGUGCUGUGUUGCUUCUGACCUCGUUUGAACCUGUGUGACCGUGAACAUUGUAGCAUUCUCGAAAUUCUAGGGUUCAAGUGUUUCGCUCAAGCGGUGGGGCCCGGGAUUGACGGUUUGAAUGGUGCGGAUCACGGACGACCCAGGAGGUGGGGGGACUCCUGCAAAGGUGCAUCUGAAUGGCAUGUCUGGCCGGGCCAGGGUGGGGGUGACCCUGGGAACCUGCAAGGGCCCUGACGAGGACGAGGGCCCAGAACAGCCCCUCUCGGACGAAGACGACUGCUCCAGCGAUGAAGACCCCGGCGAGGCCGACGACAACGACUACGACGACGACGACGAUGACAUCUAUCAGGAGUUUGAGGAGUUUGACUUUGAUUCCUUACCGGAUCUCCCCCCUGACCGCCAGAGCAUCGCCUCCGAUGACUCCUUCUACCCUCUGGAUGACUCGCUGGAGAACCAGGGGAACACCUACCUGUUCUCACAGCCCAUCCAUGAGAGCCCUGAAUCCGUGUCCUUCUUCAAGGCCUGCAGCAACAACAAUACCAUCAUUGUGAAGAUCAUGAUACGGCAAGGCUUGACGCAGGAAGAGGUCAAGGAAACGGACAAAAACGGAAGAUCUGGGUUGAUGAUGGCCUGUUACCAAGGUUACGUGGAUGUGGUUAUUGCUCUUGCUUCUUGUCCUUACAUUGACAUCAACUGGCAAGACAACGAGGGCAACACAGCCCUCAUCACAGCUGUUCAAGCAGGACACGUCAUGAUCACCAACUACUUACUCAACUACUUCCCUGGCCUGGACUUAGAGAGGAGGAACUGUCACGGCUUCACAGCCAUGAUGAAGGCUGCCAUGCAGGGCAGGGCUGAGUGUGUCAGGGCUCUCAUGAUGGCAGGCGGAGACGUGGAGGCCCGCGACUACGGCCGGAAGAUGACCCCGCGGGAGUGGGCGCUGUUCACCAGCCGCUACGACACGGCCGCCCUGAUGACACGGCUGAUGGAGCAGCCGUGUGCCGAGCAGUUCUGCGACACCUACCGGCUGGAGUGGCCACUCCUGGAGGAGCUGGUGGCCCACACCCAGGAGCCCAAGUCCUGCUGGCGCCGCAUCUCCCAGAAGGCCAUGGACUGCUGCUCCUUCAACCUCCGCACCAAGACCAACGCGGUGGAGGACGGAGUCCUCGACCACACGGUCCGCAUCACCACCAGCCUGGUCAGCCCUCUCGUCGCCCCCGUGUGCCGCUCGGUGGCAUCGGGCAGCCCGCCGUGCGUGGGGAAGCGCCGCUUGGCCGUGCAGGAGAUCCUGAGGAAGCAGCAGGCUCAACAACUACAAGAGACUGUUCCAGAACUCCCGCGUGCUCCUGGUGCCCAAGAAGACGGACCGGCGGUCCAGCCUGCAGCCGCAGGUCCUCCGGGACAUGGGGGAAGUGGUGUGGCGUCGACGGUGGCGCUGCGCCGCACCAGCCUUCUGCCGCUCCACCUGGUGAGACGGAGCAGCGUGCGGCCGGGCAUGGUGGUGCCCAAGGUGAGGCUUUGCAAGGCUCCGGAUAACGCCAACCACAUGGAGAAGCAGCGCAAGAGCAGGGAAAAGAGCCACCUGCAGAUCCCCAAGUGGAAUUACAAGGCCAUAAAGGAGGAGAGGAGGAGGGCGGAGGAGGACCGACAGAGACGGACGCCUUCGAACAGGAGGAGGUGAGGGAGGAUGGGGAGAGGAGAGACGUGGAGAGAAGGAGCUGGAGUGGACUAGUCCACAAGAGGACACUUCAGACUAUUCAACUUUUGACCUACUCAGGCAGCUGUCUCGCUCACACACAUACUCUCGGUCUUGGUCUUUCACAAAUGGACAGGCCACCUUAGACCUCCAUAUGUUUACUGAGUGACGUGGCAUGUUUUGUUUGAGGCAGGUUUACCGUGCCCCUUUAAAUCCUGUAGCUCUGGUAUUCUUUGGUGAACAACAAACUGACAGACCUGGAUUUUUGUGGACCUCAUACAACCGCGUCAACUGGAAGAAAGAAAGCAGUUUUCCGUUUGUGCUACUUAUCAUUUGAUUGUUCUCAAUGGGAGGAACUAAUACUUGAACUUGG